AUGAAGCUUCGUCGCUUCGUUAUUAUUAUUACUUUGGUAACGAUUGCUAUUGGAAUGCUCUUUCCUGUAUACUCCAUAUUUUUACGAAACAAACUGGAAAGAAGUUCCUCCUCGAUGACCUUCCUAACUCUGUCAAGCAUGAACAAAAACAAAAGAGACGUUGACAUAGACACCUCCACAGGAUUUGACACCAAGUUAAUAAAAAAGGAUGUAAUUGCGGUGUCUUCAAACGAUUCAUCCUCCGAAGAGCCCUCGAAUUUUAGACCAAAAAAAAUGAGUAGUGAGCACAGUAGAGACGACGACCAACCGACAUACACUUCAACUAAGAAUGUUAGUUCUAGCUCUACUCCUCUCCCACAACCAUCAGUCAUAGUCGGAACGUCAGACAUUGAUGCCCAAAAACUUCAAGAGGAAGAGGAUACCCUUCAUAAAAUAAUUGUCGUUCUCUGUUCGCUUGGUGCUUCACUUGUUUUGGUAGCGAUUGCAAUAGCGAUACUAUUCUGGAAAGUACGGCAACAAUAUACAAUGAAUAAUAAUGAUCAAAGUAGAGGGGGAGAUAAGAAUAUUGGUAUAAAUGAUAAAAAUAUGGAUGAUGUUCAAGACAAAUCUGAUGAUGGAACAAAUAUUGGUGUGACAGUUGUCAUUAAUGACAACAUUAUUAAUAAUAACUUGAAUGCGGAUGUUUAUAAUGUUAAAGAGGAAUAUUUAGAUAAAAAACAAUUAACAAUGUCUCAAUUGACUAUGCCACCAUAUCCAUCAAUUUAUGAUCUUUCAAUAGUACCUACUGCUCCAUCUGCAGAAGAAAUAGCACCUCAUAAUGAAUUACCAGAUGCUGGCGCAUCUAAUUUUUCUACUCCUCCAAUAAAUUCAUCUGAUCCACCGCCUUAUAAUUUUUACGGUCCAUCAGCUCCACCAUUAUAUUCUCAUCCAUUUGGACCAAUAGAUUCAAUAUAUACUGCUGGCAAUAAUUAUGUGAUUCCAUCUACAUUUGUAGGUGUGUCGGCUUUGCCAGCUUUGAACACUGGAUCCAAUUUUGUUUCUGAUGCACCCACGAUGCCAGAAGAGACUCACACUCCUUUGUCCAGUAUGGCAUUAACUUUUUCAAUAAACACAAUAGAUGACGAUGGUAAUGACAUUUCAUCCUUUGGACCAACACAUAAUCAGUCAACAUUGUAG